AUGAACUCACUCUGUUUACAAGCCUUUGGAGCCAAAAACUAUCAUCUACUGGGUCAGUAUGUGUUGCUUACAAGUCUAGUACUCACACUAGCGUGUGUACCAAUUGCUUUGCUCUGGUGGAACCUGGGUAACAUCCUGUUAGCUGCAGGCGUUACCGACCGCGUCGCAGCACUUGCAGGUGUUUACUGCCGCUUUUCCUUGCUGUGGCUUUGGCCACGCAGCAUGUUCCAAGUACUCUCGUGUUUCUACCAAGCACAGCAAAUUGUGCAGCCCACAGCGGUCUCGAACGUGCUGGCGGUGAUGCUGAACAUUUUCCUAGUGGUCGGACUCACACAUGGACGCUUUCGACUACCAGAGCUCGGAUUUAUAGGUUGUCCCAUAGGUACAGCAGUGGCAUUGUUUCUGAGACUUGUAGGCUAUGUCGUGUACAUGAGCUUGUACUGCGUCUGGCGCUGCGAUAGCAGCUUCGUGGACGUAAACAUACUGCAAACCCUCUUAGCCGUAGCAAUACCGCUUGCAGGUGGCAUCCUGUUUGAGAAUGCGCAGCUCAUGACCAUGACACUUUUUGCGCGACCAUAG